CAAUCUUCAGCCUAGCGCGACAUGAGCAAAUGGACGGCCAAGGAGACAAAAACUCCCGACGAAGAGGCGCUGAGGGAAGAUGACCUGCAAUAUGGCACAAGUGGCAUGACCGAGGAAGAGAUAGCCGAAAAAUAUCCCAAUAAGCCGAGGAACCACUCCAAGACGCUCAAAUUCGCGGAGCUGUUCAAAGAGCUUUUCAAUCCCCUAAACGACAACAAGAAACAGCCCUCUGGCCCAACAAUACCCGCCAGCAAAAGGGGCCCUCAUGGACUCACCAAGCUGUCGCCCCAGGAGCAGAGGCGGCACAUCGUCGAGAGACUCAUCACUAGAUGGAGAAAGGAGGUCGGCAAUGACUUUUACCCUGCCCUUCGGCUCAUCCUUCCAGACAAAGACCGGGAUCGCGGCGUCUACGGGCUAAAGGAGAAUGCCAUCGGGAAGCUCCUGGUCAAGCUGAUGAAGAUUGACAAAAACUCGGAAGAUGGCUACAACCUCCUGCACUGGAAGCUGCCAGGCCAAACCACCGGGGCGCGUCUGGCGGGCGACUUUGCCGGCCGCUGCUUCGAGGUCAUCUCGAAGCGACCCAUGCGCACCCAGGUGGGCGACAUGACCAUUGCAGAGGUCAAUCACCAGCUGGACAAGCUGGCGGCCUCGAGCGGCGAGGCUGAGAAUCUCCGCAUCUUUGAAACUUUUUACAAUCGCAUGAAUGCGGAAGAGCUUAUGUGGCUCAUCCGCAUCAUCCUGAAGCAGAUGAAGGUGGGCGCCACGGAGAAGACGUUCCUGUAUCUAUGGCACCCCGACGCCGAGGCUCUCUUCAGCGUAUCGUCAAGUCUCAGGCGCGUAUGCUGGGAGCUCUACGACCCCGAAUUCCGACUCGAACAGGACGAGGCGGGUAUUGCGCUGAUGCAAUGCUUCCAGCCACAGCUGGCGCAGUUUCAGAUGCCGGCCUCGUUCCAAAAGAUGAUUGAGCUUCUACGGCCGACGGAAGAUGACGCCGAGUUCUGGAUCGAGGAGAAACUUGACGGCGAGCGCAUGCAGAUGCACAUGAUGGAGGAUCCCGAUCACCCCGGGGGUCGAAGAUUUCGCUUCUGGUCGAGAAAGGCCAAGGACUAUACCUAUCUCUACGGCGACGGCUUGCUGGAUGAAAAUUCCAGCUUGACGAGACAUUUCAAAAACGCUUUUGCACCCGGCGUGCGGAACCUCAUUCUCGAUGGCGAGAUGAUUACCUGGGACAUGGGCGUGGACAAGAUUGUCCCCUUUGGGACCCUCAAAUCAGCAGCCAUCGCGGAGCAAAGCAACAAGUCCGAAUCCAACGCGGCCGGCCACCGCCCCCUGUUUCGAGUGUUCGAUAUAUUGUAUCUGAACGACAAGCAGCUGACGCAGUACACCCUGCGCGAUCGCCGAAAUGCGCUGCAAAAGGCAAUCAGGCCUGUCCACCGACGGCUGGAAAUCCAUGAAUACACGCCCGCCACAUCAGCCGACGCCAUCGAGCCGCUUCUGCGAGAGGUUGUCGCCAACGCGUCAGAAGGCCUCGUCUUGAAGAACCCACGCUCCAUGUAUCGCCUCAACAGCCGCAACGACGACUGGCUCAAGGUGAAGCCCGAGUACAUGUCCGAGUUCGGCGAGUCGCUCGACUGCGUCAUCAUCGGCGGCUACUACGGCUCAGGACGACGAGGAGGAAUGCUGUCCAGCUUCCUGUGCGGCCUCCGCGUCACGCAGAACCACAUCCAGGCCGGCGCCAACCCGGAAAAGUGCUUCAGCUUCUUCAAGGUCGGCGGCGGCUUCCGCACAGAGGACUACGCCGAGAUCCGGCACCGCACAGACGGCAAGUGGAUGGAAUGGGAUCCCAAGAACCCGCCGUCCGAGUACAUUGAGCUGGGCGGCGGCGAGGCCAAGCAGUACGAACGGCCCGACAUGUGGAUUCGGCCCAAGGACUCCGUCGUGGUCUCCGUCAAGGCUGCCAGCGUCGGGCCGUCAGAUCAGUUCGCCAGGGGCUUCACGUUACGAUUCCCUCGGUUUCGAAGACUACGGCUUGACCGCAGCUGGGACACGGCCUUGUCUCUGGAAGAGUUUCAAGAGCUCAAGCAGAGAGUAGAAUCGGAACUCAAGGCGACAGAAAUGACAGUCGAAGAUCGCAGGAGACGAAACCCGAAGCGAAUCAAGAAGGAACUCGUCAUUGCAGGCGACGACGCAGCUCCUCCUCUUUUCGAAGGCAACAAGUCCAAACUCUUCGAAGGCUUCGAAUUCUGCGUCCUAUCCGAAUCCCCAAAGCCCUACAAAAAGUCAAAAACGCAGCUCGAAUCCAUCAUCAAGGAAAACGGCGGCGCGAUAUCGCAAAGAGCCGCCGCGGGAACGAAAAUGGUCCUCAUCGCCGACAAGAAAGUCGUCAAAGUUGCCAGCCUCAUCAAGAACGGCGACGCAGACAUUAUCAGACCAAAAUGGAUCAGGGACUGUCUCGAGCAGCCCAACGGCGGGUUCCUGCUCCCGUAUGAGCCAGGCCACUUAUUCCAUGCGACGGACGCCUUGGCAGACGUCGCGGCGCAGAACACGGAUCGGUACGGGGACAGUUAUGCGCGGGACGUGAGUAGUGUCGAUGAAUUACGAGAACUGCUGAGGGACAUGCCGAAGCUCGAAAACAGAGAAACAUUCGACAAGAUGCUCUUCCUGGAACAACUGGAACAGCACGGCAAGAACAUCUCUUCACUACGGAAUUUCAUGUUCUCACGCUGCAGAGUGCUCUUCUACCUCGUCGACAGCGCGAAAGAAGUCGCAAGGGACAAGUGGGAGCGGUAUAUUCGCUACGGCGGCGGUUCGUGCAGCCAAGAGGUGGACGACGAGUCGGUGACGCACAUCGUCGUGCUGGGGGACGACGUGAUGGAGGUGGCCGACGUGGGGGACAAGUUGCGGGAGAGGCUGAGUAAGAGCUCGAGGAGGAAGUUGCCGCGGCUGGUGAGCGAGGGGUGGGUGGAGGAGAGUUGGCGGGAGAGGACGCUUUUGGAUGAGGAGCGGUAUGCUGUCUGAU